GGCGGAGGAGGCGGCGGCGGAAGAGGGCGGAGGGUAGUGGGAUGGGGGUCCCGCGACAGCGCUGAAACUCCGGGUGGGCGUCCAUGGCGCUGCUGCGCUGACAGGGCUGAGGACAGCCUGCCUUCCGCUCUCGCCAGCUCUACGUCCGAGUAGCCGGUCCUUCCCCGGGGAGUCAGUUCCUCCCCGGGCCCCAGAGCCAUGCCCAUCGCGGCCGCCCCGGACGAGCCAGAAAUCAUCUGCGUCCGAAAGUUGAGCCAUUAUUCUUUAAGCGUCCGGCUUGGCAGGUGCUGCGCCUUUUCUUGCACUGGGUGUCAAUUAAUUAUUUGAAAGCAAGUGAACCAUGGAGCCAGACAUCAUUCGAAUGUACUCUUCAUCCCCCCCACCACUAGAUAAUGGAGCAGAGGAUGAUGAUGACGAUGAAUUUGGGGAAUUUGGUGGGUUUUCAGAAGUUAGCCCUUCUGGUGUAGGGUUUGUUGAUUUUGAUGCACCAGAUUAUACUCGUCCCAAGGAAGAGUUUGUACCUUCAAACCAUUUUAUGCCAAUUCAUGAUUUCUCAGAAAAUACAGAUAGCCUUACAAGCUUUAAGUCCAUUAAAAAUGGUAAUGAUAAGGAUAUCACUGCUGAACUUACUAAUCCUAUGAAAGGACAGUCUGAUGUUUUACUUUCUUCCACCAGCAAAGAAAUAAUUUCUUCGAAAACUUCAGAUAUUUCCAUUGAUGGUAUGGAAAGUCCAAGAGAUUUAAAUAAAUUAGCAGAACAGAGACACAAUGUUGGAACAUCUGCAAGUUUCCUUCCAGGAGAUUUUAGAACUGAUAUGAACGUUGUUCAUCAAAACAAACAGUUAGAGAGCUGCAAUGGUGAAAAGCCUCCUUGUCUGGAGAUUCUAACAAAUGGAUUUACAGGGUUGGAAACUGUAAAUCCUCAGGGAACAGAUGAUCUGGACAAUGUAGUUAAUUCAAAGGGAAGGAAACCUCUUAGCACUGAGUACAGUGUAGACUCUGCACCUAGUCCUGCUGAGGAAUUUGCAGAUUUUGCCACAUUUUCCGAAAAGGAAAGGAUACAACUAGAAAUGGGAUGUGCAAUUUUAAAUGAUCGAGAUGCAGUAACAGUUCAGGAAAACAACAAAAUUAACAGAGUCAAUGAACUAAAUUCUGUAAAAGAAAUGCCUUUGGUUAGAAGUCUUGAUGAUAAAGGAGACACUGAAGAAGAACAUCAAGUUUGUGGUUCAGAAAUCAGCGAAGUGACUGAUAAAGAUUUCAGUGUUGGGAAAAAAGGCCUUCUAACACUGCAAAGGGAUGAUUUUUUAAAUUCAAGUAUUCAAUCAGAGUCUUGGAGCUUGGGAGACUCAGCUGAUAAUUCGGACACCAUUAGGAGAGAACAAUGUAAGAUUGAGGAAGACCUUGAUUUGUUUACUUCUAAAUGUACUGACCUAUGCAUGGAUUCUAUUAAAACUUCUGAUGCUGAUGAAGUUAGUUCUUCCAAAGAAGAAAAUGGAAUGUUUACUAAUUCCCAAAGCCCUCACAUUGAUCUCACUGAAGAGAAUGUUUUGGAUGAAUCUGUAAGUAUGAAAAAUGGCGAUAGUAGUAACGACUUUGUGACUUGUAAUGAUACAAAUGAAGAUGAAUUUGGUGACUUUGGUACAGCCAGUGGCACCACUCCACCUUUUGUUACUGGUACUCAAGAUUCAAUGAGUGACGUUACUUUCGAAGAGUCCUCAGAGCACUUUCCACAUUUUAGUGAACCAGGUGACGACUUUGGAGAAUUUGGGGAUACAAAUGCUGUUUCUUGCCAAGAGGAAAUGGUAUUUACUGAGUCAGACCCAAAACAGAUUUCUGAUGGUUUCUCCAAGGAAAGUCAAUUGGCAAAAAAACCUAGUGAAACAAGUACUGAACCUGUUACAAAACUGAAAAAUGAGCAAGAUGGUGAGUUUGGAGAUUUUGAUUGUGUGCCAAAUAUUCAGAAUGACAGCAGUGCUUUUCAAGACUCUGAUGAUUUUGCAGACUUCAGUUCGGCUGGUCCUAGCCAAGCUGUAGAUUGGAAUGCUUUUGAGGAUGAACAGAAAGAUGGUUGUUCUUGGGCUACUUUUGGAGACCAGCAAGCUACUGAAUCUCAUCAUCGAAAAGAAGUCUGGCAGUCACAUAGGACAGAUGAAAAUACUAGUAUUCUGGGAACCGCCAAGAUGCACAGUGUCCCAUUAGCAACUUCCAAAGGAACAGUUGCUAGUGGCCAUUUACAGGAGUCAGCCACUUCUGUUCAGUCAGCUUUGUUAAACCGUCUGGAGCGAAUUUUCGAAGCAUGUUUUCCUUCCAUAUCUGUCCCUGAUGAUGAAGAGACAGUUAUUUCCCUGAAGCACUUGCUGGAAACAAGCACCUUGCCAGUAAAAACAAGGGAGGCCUUAGCUGAAAGUGGAGAACUGGUGGAUGUGUGGACAGAGCUACAGGAUAUCCAUGAUGCACAUGGCUUGAAAUACCAGUGGGGCGGCUCCCACAGCAACAAGAAGCUUUUGUGUUCCUUGGGAAUAGAUACACGAAACAUUCUCUUCACGGGCAAUAAGAAGCAGCCAGUUAUAGUGCCCAUGUAUGCAGCAGGAUUGGGCAUGUUAGAGCCCACCAAGGAACCAUUGAAACCACUGUCAGCUGCAGAAAAAAUUGCUUCCAUUGGUCAGACAACUACCAUGGCACCAGAGAUGAACACGUGUGCAUCUGAUCAGUUCCAGGAGUCUCUACCUCCCGUCCAGUUUGACUGGAGUAGCAGCGGCCUUACUAACCCUUUAGAUGGUGUGGAUCCCGAGUUGUAUGAGUUAACAACUUCUAAGCUGGAACUUUCCACCUCAAGCCUCAAAGUGACUGAUGCAUUUGCAAGACUCAUGUCCACAGUAGAGAAGACAAGCACAUCUACCAGGAAACCAAAAAGAGAAGAGCACUUGAGUGAAGAAGCCGUCAAGGUGAUUGCCAGCCUUCCUGACCUGACAUUCAUGCAUGCCAAGGUGUUGAUGUUCCCUGCCACCUUAACACCUUCCACAAGCUCCCAAGAAUAGGCCAACUGGUCACGGGCUGAACUGGACAGUUUCAGAUCCUUUUCCUCUCCUCUUCCCCUUCCUACCAUCAAAAGCAUACUGCUCUAAUUAAAAAAAAAAAAAUUCAACGUCAGCUGAUUUGUUGGUAAGCCGCACUAGAAAGGUAUACAUAGUAAUGUAUAUUUAUUUACAUACUGAAGUCCUAAAUUUAUAUUAGAAAAAAAUGUAAAUAAUCGGGGAUGAACAUUUUUGAAGAUUUAUUCUUUUUGUGUUGCUGGGGUGUAUACAUUUAUGUCUUUGUGAAAUACACUGGUGGUGUCCUUCUUACAAAACUUUUGAAAUAAAAAAAAAUUAAAAACUCAAAUCUCCACUGUCUGAAAUCCCCUUCAGUCUUUUCUGGUUGCAUUGAAUGUCCUCUUAAUUUUUCAUAUCAUAUGUUGAAUUAAUUGCUUUUGCUAUCAUAAAUAAGGUCCAAAGUCCCUAGUUAAUUUUUUUUUAAAUUUUGUGUGUGAUGGGUUUGUUUCAGAUCUGGCCUUGGUUAACAUUUUGGGGCUCUUUUUAAAAUCUUUUCAAUCUGGCAUAUUGCUAUUUGACCUUUUGCUAGAUACCUCAUCGAUGGCUCUUUUUGCUAUAGGGUAUAGAUCAUUGUCAGAACUUGAUUGGAGCGGUCUAAAGCGAUUGUGUCUGUUUUAAGUCUCUUUGAUUUGAAGGACCAAGUUUUAUGAAUGUCUUACAAUGAAAUUUUCUUGUACUGAUUUUUGUUCUAUUGUACCACUAUUUUUUUGAGGAUUUUGCACAGUGUAAAAUGACAUAAUCAUAGAUUGCUAUGGUUUAGGCUGUAUAUACAGUAAAAACUAUGGGUUUUAAAUGUUUGGGGAAAUUCCUAUGGAAAAAAGAGAGACAUGUAGAAGAACCUCUAACAAGGUUAAUGUGCAUGCCCAAGGUCUUUUGAGAUUUCAGUGUGUAAAUUUCCUUUUAGCUUACACAAAAAUAAAAUAAUUUAAAAGAAA